AUGAACGCCAGUGCUGAGAGUCUUGGCCCUCUCCCUUCCCCGCGUUCCUCCUCUGAUUUUUUAGUCGACUCAAAAGCCUUCCCCCUCUUUCCCCGUUUCCCCCCUAUCGUCUCCCCCGCCCACCAGAACGCCAGUGCUGAUAGUCUCGCUCGCACCCCCUCUUCAUCUCCCCUGUCCCCCAUCCCCCGAUCCUCUCUCCUUCCCCUGUCUCCUUCCCCUCCUUCCCCUCCUUCCCCCCCUUUCUCCCCACCACCUUUCUCCCACUUCCCAGAACGCCAUGCCGAAAACCUUGCUCGCAAGUUUGGCUUGGACCCCCUCUGCUCUCCCUUGCCGCCCAUCCGCUCACCUUUCCCUUUCUCCUUCCCCCCUUUCUCCUUCCCCCCCUUUCUCCCCACCACCUUUCUCCCACUUCCCAGAACGCCAGUGCUGAAAAUCUCGCUCGCAAUCUUUGGUGUGUUGAGAGACUUUGUAGAUCUCUUUAAGAAGAAUCUGGUGGAGUAUGAGAAGAAGAAAAAGGCAGAGGAGGAGGCGGCCAAGGACUUUGCUGAUCAAUUCCCUUCCCUAUUUCCAUAUCCUUUUCCUGUACUUCCUCCCCAGUCUUUGGAGUGUUGA